UUGCAGCACCAUUGUUGGGUUGUUGUUUUUUUUGAAUCAGUCUCUGCGGAGGUCUACCCACUGCAGCUCUCUGCAGUCUCUGGCCCGGUCCUGCAGGACGGGUCACAUCGCCCCUCGCCAUCCUCUGCACGCAAGCCCAGGCCACCUCAGCCUCUGUUCGGUUCGCACAGCCUCAGCACCGCUUUCAUCCCGGCAGCAGCAGCCUCGACCGUUGCUUUCGCAGUCUGGCCGCUACCGCUAGGUCCACCUCUGCCACAGUCACUGCCGCUUCUGAUAUUCCGGUGAGUCUUUCCCUGCGGAGCUCAGAUCUCCUGAUCUUGGAGGUAGCCACAUUAGGCGUGCACGGUCUUUUGAAAAAUGGCCGAGUCAGCCGACGGCAAGGAAUUGUUAGCAUCCGUUCAAGAAGAAGCUGGUAAUAAGGUGAUGGUGGAGGGGCCAGGGAAACAGCCGGAGCGCGGUGAAAAUGCCGCAGCUGGGCCUGGAGAUGAUGGGGAACACGGUGAGGAAGCCGCCUCUUUGCCUGGGGAUGAAGGGGGAAAAUGUGAAGAUGCUGCUGGGCCUGGGGAAGGCGGGGAAAAAGGUGAAGAUGCUCAUGAGGACUCAGACCCAGACCGUCCCAAAGGACGUAUCGGUUAUCUUUUAGAUACAGACUUUGUUGAAAGUCUUCCUAUGAAAGUUAAGUACCGUGUGUUAGCCCUCAAAAAGCUUCAAGCUAGAGCUGCGAACCUAGAAUCCAAAUUCCUGAGGGAAUUUCAUGAAAUUGAGAGAAAGUUUGCUGAAAUGUAUCAGCCCUUGUUGGAAAAAAGACGUCAGAUCAUCAACGCAAUCUAUGAACCUACAAAAGAGGAAUGUGAAUAUAAAUCAGACUAUGAUGACUAUGAUGAGGAGGAGAUGUACGACGAGGAAGAGGGUCUGGUACAGCAGUACGUGGAUGACGAUAAUUAUUAUGAGGAAGAUUAUUACGAUUAUGCUCUUGAGGAAGAGGAGGAGAAUGAUGAUGGCGACGACGAUGACGAUGAUGAUGAUGACAUCGAGGCUACUGGGGAAAGUAAUAAAGAAGAUCCUAAAGGAAUUCCUGAUUUUUGGCUGACUGUCUUAAAAAAUGUUGACACACUCACUCCUUUGAUUAAGAAAUAUGAUGAGCCUAUUCUGAAGCUCCUGACAGAUAUUAAAGUGAAGCUUUCAGAUCCUGGUGAGCCUCUCAGUUUCACACUAGAAUUUCACUUCAAACCCAAUGAAUAUUUCAAAAAUGAGCUGUUGACAAAGACCUAUGUGCUGAAGUCACGGCUGGCAUAUUAUGAUCCCCACCCCUAUAGGGGAACUGCAAUUGAGUAUUGCACAGGCUGUGAGAUCGACUGGAACGAAGGAAAGAACGUCACUUUGAAAACCAUCAAGAAGAAGCAAAAACAUCGGAUCUGGGGAACAAUCCGAACUGUGACUGAAGAUUUUCCCAAAGAUUCAUUCUUCAAUUUCUUUACUCCUUAUGGAAUCAGCUCAAAUGGAAGGGAUGGAAAUGAUGAUUUUUUACUUGGUCACAAUUUACGUACUUACAUAAUCCCAAGAUCAGUAUUAUUUUUCUCAGGUGAUGCAAUUGAAUCUCAGCAGGAGGGGGUAGUUAAGGAAGUUAAUGAUGCAAUUUAUGACAAAAUUAUUUAUGAUAAUUGGAUGGCUGCAAUUGAGGAGGUUAAAGCCUGUUGCAAAAAUCUUGAGGCAAUGGUAGAAGACAUUGACCGCUAAGGCAGAGUCUACAUGGCUCUGAAAUUAACAGCCUUAUAUCUGCUCAAAAUUAAAGAAGUUAAUUAGUCUUGUGUUCUGAAUUUUUCUUAUAGUGUUAGUUAAAGCAUAUGUCUCAGAAAUAUAAAAGAAGUUCAAAUAAUAAUUCAUUUGUCCUUGCAUUUCAGUAAUAGAAUGCUUUCAAGAAAUGUAGACUGUGGUAAAGUAUUUAAGACAUUAAAAUAGUGUGAUGUAUUUUAAUCCUUCUGAAAUCUUCUUGUGACAUAGCUAUUAAUCUGUGGCUGUGAAUAAUAUCCAGACUGCUAAAUGAGAUAAAAACUUAUUUGGAAAGAAAAUCUUGGAGAACCCACCCAAGGUUGUUUUCCUCUUGUUGUUUGUAUAUUUUUGUUUUCUUAGUCCUUUAGCUAGUGGAUUUAAUUGUGUUGUGCCUGCUUCAUUUUGCAAUAAAAAUGCAGUAGAUUUUAAAACUUGAAUGCUUAAGAAGCCUGCAUAUGGUUAAGAAUUUCAGGCAAAACCAAAUUUAUUGUUAAUAACAACUUGUUCAUAGACUCUUGUAUUAUUUAAUCAUAAUAAAUAGUGAAAUAGUCAUAUUGAGGUUAUUGUUCAUCAGUGAAGUGUCAAUCACAGUAUUUUUAAAAGAUGACCACAUAUUGUUCUGUGUAAUUGUGUAAGCU